AUGCUGCUGCUGCUGCUGCUGCAGGUCUCAGCCAGCUGCCUCUGGCUGGGACAGGGCGAGGUGGUGACAUCCUUUGAAAGGUCAUGCCCUCAGUUUUUCUUCCGGGAAACGCCCCCAAAUGAGGCCCUGGAGCCGGAGAGCCCCGUGUGGAUCUGCCAGAGCUACAAGAACCAGCACUACUUUGCCACCCUGUACGACCAGGAGAGACGCAUCCCCGUCUACUCUGCCUACCUCUACCAGCCUGGACCUGGCAAGAGACCUAAGACGUGGCUGGUCGAGCCCCAGCUGAUGGGUUCAACUUACCCCAAAACUAUGGAAAGAGAGUGGACCCUCUUAAAGUAUUUCAACGUCAGCUUAGAGCAACUCAGCAAGAGCCAGGCCAUCCUCCAAGACUACAAGAACCUGACAGGUUUGAACCGUGGCCAUUUGAACCCCAGUGGCCACCACCACAACGCCAGCAGCAGGACGGCCACCUUCACCCUCACCAACAUAGUGCCCCAGGAUGCAAAACUCAACGGCGGCGCCUGGAACAACUACGAGCAGCAGACGAUGAUGAGGAAGACCCAGGGCUGUAACACCACCUACGUGGUCGUGGGGGCCGUGCCUGGGAGCAGCUCCAUCGCCAAGGGGAGGGUUAACAGACCCAGCCACCUCUGGUCCAGUGCCUGCUGCGAGGUGGACACCAAGCACAGGAAGGCUUGGGGGGUGAUCGCUGAGAAUGACAGGAACGAGGUGGAGCUGCUCACGCUGGGGGAGCUGGAGGAGGUGCUGAGCCAGCUCUACGGGAGGGAGAAGGUCUCUCUGUUUGACAGUGACUGUCCCCGGGACUAA